CUUUUUCAUUAGAUAGCACGCAUAGAACGCAUCCCUAAACUUACACUUCAUUCAGACAGAAUGAUUCUCUCAGAGAUCUCGGCUCAUUUUGGAACACACCUAUUGGGAUCUGCCGGUUAGGAUUUCAGUUUCAUAUAAACCGUUAAAAAUUUUAUUAUUUUUAUGGUCAACCACUUUUUCGAAGUCCGUUUUGAUUUUCUUUAUUUUCCACAAUUUAUAAACAAUCGAUAUUUAUAUUAUUUAUUAAGUAAAAUAUGUUUUGACAAUAGUGCUAUUUGGAUAUCCUGCUACUGGGAGAACCAGUGACUAGUACGAAACCUAUGAUGUGCUUUACAGGGGCCCGUCAACGAGUUGCGAUAGCGUAUGCUACGUGCGUUACGCUGGGUAGCACUAUUUCCAAAACGUGGUAGCGUAGCGGGUGGUAUCAUUAUUACGGAGUCCGGUCCAGUGCAGGUCAUGUUACAUAACAAAUUAUAUAUAUUCUUUAACCGUACACUUUUAAAUAACGGUUAUUAAGCUGCCAUUCAAGGGUAAAUCGUAAAAGGAAGAUAAGAACUUUCAAGUUACAGAGUGACGGGAAACGUAGAAUAUUAUUAAAGUUGAAGAAAUAUAUCAGUCAAGUCAGCACAAUUGCUCUUUAGAAAGAAUUGCAAGUACAAUUAAAUAAGUGCUUAUCACACAUUGUGUAAUCAGCUCAUUAGAUUAAACUUUUCGAAACAAAGUAUUUCUCGAGAAAAUAAUGUCUCUGAAAAAAAAGUAAAUAAAUUGUAUAAUAAUUUAUGGAGGUGUUUAUUCGAAGGAAAAAGUUAAUCGGUAAUGAUGGAACUUGAUACUGCAUCGCAAAGUGAAAACGGUGAUUCUGACGAUGCAACGAAUUUCGAUGCUACCGAACAUCAACAUAUUAGAUAUAAUCCUUUAAGCGGCGAAUGGGUUUUGGUCUCACCACAUCGCAUGAAACGCCCCUGGGCUGGCCAAAUAGAAGUGAACGACGAAAACGAAAUUCCUGAUUAUGAUCCGCAUAAUCCACUAUGUCCUGGAAAUGUCAGAGCUAAUGGAGAGAUUACACCAAAUUACAGCAAAACAUACUCGUUCGUGAACGACUUUCCCGCGUUGCUAGAUACGGUACCUAGUCCGCCAAAAUCCGAAGAUGAAUUAUUUCAAAUGGAUCAUGCAAGAGGAACAUGUAAAGUUUUGUGUUUCCAUCCAAAAUCGAAUGUUACUAUAGCUCUUAUGCAGGUCGAGGAAAUCAAGGAGGUUAUAAAGCAGUGGAUACGCGAAAUGCUUGAAUUGGGAAAGAAGUGGACUUGGGUUCAAAUAUUUGAAAAUCGAGGUGCACUUAUGGGCUGCAGCAAUCCUCAUCCACAUUGUCAAAUUUGGGCAAGUUCUUAUUUACCUAAUGAACCUAGGAAAAAGGACAAGUUGCUUUCUGAAUUUUACUCACGCCAUAACAAGCCAUUACUCAUUGAUUACAUGGAAAAGGAAAUAACAAAAAAGGAACGUCUUGUUCUUGAAAAUAGUGAUUGGAUUGUGGUAGUACCCUUUUGGGCAUUGUGGCCAUAUGAAACUAUGAUUUUGCCAAAGAAACAAGUUAUUAGAAUGCAGGAUUUAACAGCAAGUCAACAAGAAAAUUUAGCUAUUAUCAUGAAGAGGUUGUGCACUUUGUAUGAUAAUCUAUUUCACUGUUCCUUUCCAUAUACCAUGGGUUGGCAUGGUAAGCUAUAUUGCAAUUCAAAUAGUUACAGAUUGCAGUUGAAUAAACAUGUAUUAAUUAAAGGUGCUCCAACUGGUGAGAUUGGCCUGAGCAAGGACUAUAAUUAUUGGACCUUUCAUGGAAUUUACUUUCCUCCUUUGUUACGUUCGGCAUCAGUGAAGAAGCAUAUGGUUGGCUAUGAACUACUGGCACAAGCACAAAGAGAUUUGACCCCUGAACAAGCUGCAGAAAGAUUACGCGGUUUACCAAACGUACAUUACAAAUUCCCUGAGACGAGUUUAGCGCCAGAAAAAUAGAUGAAUUGUUGUGGUUAUAGUGCGCCGCAGCUGUAUAGUUCUUGCCAAAGUUUAUUGUAUAAAAAUAAUUUUUCUUUGUUCCGCAAGAUAGUUCACAUAAUCGGAUAUAAAAAACGCAAAUUGAUCUCUCAUUCGUGUAAUCAGUAUAUUGGGAAGAGGGGAUCAAAUUUACGUGACCACGCAUGGAUACCUCCUUCUAUAUCUCUUAUUUUUACGUUAGGAUUAUCAAAGUACUUUUGCAAACGUUUCACAGCGUUCUGAGAAUCGUUUCCACGGCGACAUAAAACAAACACUGUCAAAAAAUUGCUCUUUUAGAUUUUCAGGAAAUUAAAUGUAGAUACGGUGGAACAUAAAGAUUACCUUCAACUA